UAAAGCCGGGAGCAGGAGCCGGGUACAAAGCGCAGCGCUUCUCGUCCCGGGAGCGGGUUCGAACAAGGAAACCAGAGGGAAACAGAGGCUCGAGAGCGGGCGGAGAAGGAUGGAAACUUCGCAGCCACACGGCGCUGAAAGCAUGUCCCAGGACCUGUCGGAGCUCCUGAAGGAAGCCACCAAGGAGGUGCACGAGCAGGCAGAGAACACACCCUUCAUGAAGAACUUCCAGAAGGGACAGGUGUCCCUCCACGAGUUCAAGCUGGUCACGGCAUCCCUGUACUUCAUCUACUCUGCUCUGGAGGAAGAGAUCGAACGUAACAAGGACAACCCUGUCUACGCUCCUGUUUAUUUUCCGACGGAGCUACAUCGGAAAGAUGCCCUGGAGAAAGACUUGGAGUACUUCUAUGGCAGCAACUGGAGGGCAGAGAUCCCAUGUCCUGAGGCUACUCAGAAAUACGUUGAGAGGCUCCACUACGUUGGCAAGAAGAAUCCAGAGCUGCUGGUGGCCCAUGCCUACACUCGCUAUUUGGGAGACCUGUCUGGGGGGCAGGUGCUGAAGAAAAUUGCCCAAAAAGCCCUUCAGCUGCCCAGCACUGGAGAAGGGUUGGCUUUCUUCACCUUCGAUGGAGUCUCCAACGCCACCAAGUUCAAGCAGCUCUAUCGGUCCCGCAUGAACGCCCUUGAGAUGGAUCAUGCUACUAAGAAAAGAGUCUUGGAGGAAGCCAAGAAAGCAUUCCUGCUAAAUAUACAGGUGUUUGAGGCGCUGCAGAAGCUGGUGUCCAACAGCCAGGAGAAUGGUCAUGCUGUGCAGCCGAAGGCAGAGGUCCGCGCAAGGAAUGUUAACAAAUCACAUGAAAACGGUCUAGCAGCUGCGAAGGAAAGUGAGAGGACAAGAAGGAUGCAGGCAGACAUGCUGACCACCUCUCCCCUGGUGCGGUGGAUCCUGGCACUCGGUUUCAUCGCCACCACAGUCGCUGUGGGCUUAUUUGCCAUGUGAGCGAGCAGGACCUUCGCCUUCUCUUCGUGCCUUCCCUCACCCUGAACUAAUCCACCUUCCCCAGUCCUUCCGAGGGAAAAUCCCUUCGACUGGGUGCUGUGAUCUCAGCUCUGCCACUAAUAUUUGGAGACCUUUCUCCCCAGAAAGCAGAGUGCUGCAAGGGGCUCCAGGCCCUUUCCCUGCUUGCUGCAAGCUCUCCUCACACACUAACAACAUCACCACCAGGACCAAGGGCUGGAAAAGCCUAAAACCAACGGCCAAGAGCUGCAAUUAUUCUACAGAGUAUCUGCAAACAUCCCACAGAAGGAGGAAAGCAGCUUUGACACCUGUCUUGCCUCAGAACUACGCAGCUCCUGGAGCUCUGUUUGCUCAAUGUUUUAUACUGCUAGAUAACACUGUGAUCACUGUUUCUGUGAAGCCACACAUCUCCCGUGGGCUAUAGAACUGUUUUAUAUGACACUAGUAGGUGUUAAAUCUUCUUCUAAUCAUUUUUCUUUUUUUUUUUUAUUUCUUUUUUUGAGAGAUGAUGGUUGUUGAAGAUACAGUGUCAUUCUUUUAUUUGAUUAUAUAAUUUAUAUACAUAAUAAAAUUCAAUGGAAAGUCUUUAA